AUGCUGGUUCAUACUUAUUCCGCGAUGGACCGUCCGGAUGGGCUGAACGGCGCGACUGGCGGGGGGCGCCUGUCGCAGCUCUCCUCCCUUAGCCAGGCGGCCUUCUCGGCGGCGGCGGCUCCCCCUCUGUGCCACACGCCUGCCUCGGACUUCCAGCCACCCUACUUUCCGCCACCCUACCCGCAGCCGCCGUUGCCCUACGGUCAAACACAGGAGACGGCUUUCCCCCACCUAGGCGAGCCCUAUAGUGGCCUUGGGACGCUCCACCAGCAUCCGCACCCGCACCAGCACCAGCAGCCCGCAUGGCCUUCCCCCCGCGGCGGCCGCCAGGACGAACAGGGCCUCCUGGCCCAGACUCAUCGAGCCCUGGGCCUGGACCCUCGCCGGGAUUACCCAGGUGUUCCCCGUCUCCUGCAUGGCCUGGCGGACGGAGCGCACGGCCUGGCGGACGGGCCGCUUGGCCUGCAUGGGCUGGCAGCCCAUCACGGCUUGGAGGAUCUCCAGGCCGUGGACGACACUGGGAUGAGCCUCCUGGAUCAGUCCGUGAUCAAGAAAGUGCCCAUCCCCUCCAAAGCCAAUGGCAGUGCCAUCUCUGCCCUGUCCUUGAAUAAGGACAGCCUGGUCAGCGGUGUGGUCACUAACCCCAAUGAGGUCUUCUGCUCCGUACCUGGUCGCCUCUCCCUACUCAGCUCCACCUCGAAGUACAAGGUCACCGUGGGAGAAGUGCAGAGAAGGCUUUCACCCCCAGAGUGUCUCAAUGCCUCCCUCCUUGGAGGUGUUUUGCGCAGGGCCAAAUCAAAAAACGGAGGCCGAUGCCUUCGGGAGCGGCUGGAGAAGAUUGGCCUCAACUUGCCGGCGGGGCGUCGGAAGGCGGCCAAUGUGACCCUGCUUACCUCCCUGGUGGAGGGAGAGGCCGUGCACCUUGCCAGGGAUUUUGGCUAUGUGUGUGAGACAGAGUUCCCAGCCAAGGCAGCAGCUGAUUACCUGUGCCGGCAACACGCAGACCCUGCAGAACUGCACAGUCGAAAGAACAUGCUGCUGGCCACUAAGCAAAUCUGUAAGGAGUUCUCAGACCUGAUGGCACAGGACCGUUCCCCAUUGGGCAAUAGCCGACCCUCUCUCAUCCUGGAGCCAGGAGUACAGAGCUGCCUCACUCAUUUCAGCCUCAUCACUCACGGCUUUGGGGGCCCAGCCAUCUGUGCCGCACUCACGGCCUUCCAGAACUACCUGGUUGAGUCACUCAAGGGACUCGACAAAAUGUUCCUCAGCAGCUCGGGCAACGGGCACCCAGCUGGAGACUCAAAAGCGUCAGAAAAGGAUGUGAAACACAGGAAAUAA